AUGACGUCCCGCUGCCCGGAGGAAAACAUUUACAAUCUGCUGCCCCGCAAAGAGGAAGAGGAAGAGCCGGUACGUCUCGGUGUUCAGACCGUUAGUGCGACGCGAGAUACGAGAGAAGACAACGGCACCCUGCCAGACGAUGGGCGUCCCCAAGCUCCAGGUCCCCACGCCAAGGAGCUUCCUCCGGAAACAUUCGAGGGAGCCAAAGCUCCCGCAGCAGUGACCAAAGCUUUACCGCCAUGUGCUUUCUGCAAACAUGCCACAGAAAGAAGGGAUCUGGGAGACAAGGUGGUCCUGAAACCUCAUGUGCCGAAAAGGACAGAGCACCCCAUCAUGGGUCUUCGAUGCGAGAAGGAUUUCAUCACGGCCAACGUCGCCGAGGCCAUGAUGUCGGUGGCCAAGAGGCCGCUCCGCGCUUGUGUGGACGUGCGCACGGGGGACAAGUUUCUCGUGGACGACUCCGGCCUCGUGAAAAAGUACCUCAAGAAAAAGGAUUUUGGCAAGACGCCGAGCUACAUUAAAAAGCGAAAGGCGGAGGCGAGGGAAGCGCAGGAGGCGGCGGCCGCCCGCCUGGAGCAGCACCGCGCGCGGAAGGGCCUGACGCGGCUCUCCCGGGAGGAGCGCGAGCGCGUCCUGCAGGGCCUCAAGCAGAGCUGGGAGCAGGUCAACCGGGCGUUCCAGGGCCUCUCCGUGGUGGUCGACACGGUGCCCCGGAGGCUCCGCAAGGAGAAGAUGGAGGCGCAGAUGCGGCAGCUGGAGCGCGACGUCCGCGCCCUGGAGAGGCACCCGGCCGUCUACGUGGCCGGCGAGUGA